AUGAGAUCAAACAUUCCCUUCAUCGAUGCUAUCAAGGAAAUGCCUUCUUACGCCAUGUUUCUAAAGGAGGUGUUAUCAAACAAAAGGAAGCUGCCAGAAAUAGGCGUAGAAACACUAAGGGGGGAAUGUAGCACUAUCCUAGAGUAUAGAGUGCCGAAGAAAGAAGCAGACCCCGGAAGUUUCACCAUUCUAGUAAAAUUUGGUGAAGUUUUAUUCAAUAAAGCACUUACUGAUUUGGGAGCUAGUGUGAGUAUCAUGCUGCUAUUUUUAUGCAAGAGGAUCAAUGCUGAGAUCAAGCCAACAAGGAUGUCUUUGCAGCUAGCUGAUAGAUCAGUAAGGUUUUCAGUUGGAGUUGUUGAAGAUUUGGCAGUUCAAAUAGAGAAGUUCUAUAUCCCUUGUGAUUUUGUGAUCAUGGAUAUUGUUGAAGAUCAUGUCAUACCUUUCCUUCUUGGGAAGGAUUUUCUGAAGACUGCACGGACUGUUUUUGAUGUGUUCAAUGGCAUGCUCACAUUGAAUAUCAUGGGAGAACGUUGA